GGGAGUCACGAGAAGUUUAGCGUUAACGAAAAUGACACGGGGGGAGUGGAGAUGACACAGAGGAAGCCGACGAAAACGACGUCGCCUGAGGAUUUCUGAUCAGCAGCGGACGGUUACUUGUAUCAGGUUCGGACUCCUACUUUGUUAGCCCACCUGCGCUCGGGGUGGCUGGUCUCGGUAGAGGAACCGCCGUGGCUGUUAGCGAAGCUCGUUAGCCGCUAACUACUGCAGCUAGCGAGCUAACUAGCCGCUUCGCCCGAGUGAAGUGAACAAGUCACAGUGAAGCUAACAAACGCCAAGGCUACUUUUGGAGGGCUGUCGGACUGGGUCUAACCCCUGGGAGGAAUUCCUUGCCGCCCGAGGAGGUGUUAUCAACACCGCUGCCAGCUGCAUUGUUGUGGUUCUCCCCCUGCCCUCUUUUCAUUGUUGGCGCAGCGUCCUGACUGCACACCGCUGAGCCCAUGCACGUUAGCAACGGCUGAAGCCAGCUAGCGUGAUGUGUCACAUUAGCUAACGAACCGAUCGCACUUUUUGUUUUUGACCAUUUGUGAGUGGAUGCUGUAAGUGGUACGGGCUCUGGGAGACCGACGGGGCUGUAUCAUCCUACACCGUGACGCCCGUUUAUUUACUGUACUUUCAUGUCGUGUCACCCAACAGCAAGUAGUCCCUCCAGAAGAACCAGACGCGGAGCAUGCAGGAGAAGAAAAGAUUUCAGAUAAGUAGAUAGGAGGACGUCGGAUACAACCGAGUUAAAUUGGACUGUGCGGUUAAUUCACCACCAAACGGGGGUUUGCAUUUGGUGGGCGGACUGAAAAAGAAAGUAAAGGAUGAAGAAGUUUUCCAGAAUGCCAAAGUCCGAAAGCGGCGGGCUCGGAGGGGCGUCCGGGUCCGGCUCCAGCUCCGGAGUCAGCAGCUACUUCGGGAAAGUGUUUGCAGUCGGCCGGUAUCAAGUCACCGUGGAAGAGCUUAUUGCAGAAGGAGGCUUCUCGGUGGUGUUUCUGGCCCGUACGCACAGCGGCAUCCGCUGUGCUCUCAAAAGGAUGUACGUCAACAACGUCCCGGACCUGAAUGUCUACAAGAGAGAGAUCACUAUCAUGAAGGAGCUGUCAGGCCAUAAGAACAUUGUCGGCUACCUGGACUCCACGAUCACUGCUGUGUCAGACAGCGUCUGGGAAGUCCUGAUCCUCAUGGAGUACUGUAAAGCGGGUCAGGUGGUGAGGCAGAUGAACCAGCGGCUGAAUGUGGGCUUCAGUGAGGCCGAGGUCCUUCACAUCUUCUGUGACACCUGUGAGGCCGUGGCCCGCCUGCACCAAUGCAAGACGCCCGUCAUCCACAGAGACCUAAAGGUUGAAAACAUCCUUCUGAACGACCAGGGAAACUAUGUGCUGUGUGACUUUGGAAGUUCCACUCACAAGGUUUUGCUGCCACAUAAAGAUGGAGUUACUGCUGUGGAGGAUGAGAUUAAGAAGUACACGACCCUGUCAUAUCGGGCGCCGGAGAUGAUUAACUUGUACGCAGGGAAAGCCAUCACCACUAAAGCUGAUAUAUGGGCACUUGGAUGCUUGUUGUACAAGCUGUGUUUCUUCGCACUUCCAUUUGGGGAGAGUCAAGUUGCCAUAUGUGACGGAACCUUUAUCGUUCCAGAUAACUCCAAAUUCUCCUUCAAGUUGCACUGCUUAAUUAGAUAUAUGCUCGAACCAGACCAGGAGAAAAGACCAGACAUUUACCAAGUGUCCUACUUUGCCUUCAAGUUAGCUGGAAAAGACUGCCCAGUGCCAAAUCUCUUUAACUCUCCCAUCCCUACGUCGCUCCCAGAACCUCUAACGGCCAGUGAGGUUGCUGCUAAGAAAAGUAUGACAAAGGCCAGGAUAACAGACUCUGUCGGCCCUACAGAAACAUCAAUAGCUCCCAGACAGAGGCCGAAGGCAGCAAACAGUAAUGUCCUGCCCCUCGCCAACACCGUCACCCCUGUCAAGAUGACCAUGCCGUCUGCACCCGUCAGCAACGGCCAGAAAGCUCCCACCCCUGGCUCCGGACAGCCGUCCAUGCAGCCCCAGCCGCAGCCCCAGCCCCAGCCCCAGCCCAGCAGUCAGCAGCACCGGGUCCUGCAGCAGCUACAGCCUGGCGACCUGCGUCUACAGCAGCUACAGCAACAACAAGCAGUGCAGCAACAACAUGCAAAUGCACAGCAACUACAAUACCUCCAGUACCAACAGGCCGUGCAGCAGUCCCUCCAGCUUCAGCAGCAGCAGGCUCUGCUCCAGCAGCAACAGCAGAUGAUGAUACAGCCCAUGUACCAGCAGCAGGUUGCUCAGGCCCAGGCCCAGGCUCAGUACGCAGCCAUGCUGCACCAGUACCAACAGGCUUUUGUCCAGCAGCAGCAACAACAGCAGCAGCAUCACCAACAUCCUCAACAACAUCAGCAGCCGCAGCAUCAUCCCGCUCAGCAGCCUCUCCCCUAUAUGUCCUCCCCUCUUGAGUUCCAGAUCCCCCUGAGUUCCUAUAGCGCAACCACACCCACAGCUGGAGCUGGAACUGGCCAGAUGGGGGGGCUAUCACCUGUGGAUCCCUCGUACACUAACCCCAGUAGAAACCCUCUCCUUGCCUCAGAUGGGAUCACCCCUCCCUCUCAGAGCUGCAACAGUACAGUCAGUAACCCCCCCGACAUGUCGGGCUGGAACCCUUUCGGAGAGGACAACUUCUCCAAGCUGACCGAGGAGGAGCUGAUCGACCGGGAGUUUGACAUGCUCAGAGCAAACAAGCCAGUGGAGAGAACGGCCAGCGUGGAAACGGACCGACUGCAGCCAGCUGCCUCCACCACCAAGCCUCUCCCACCAGAGGACCUGUUCGGCUCAGUCCCGUUUGUGGCCAGCGCAGGUACCAGUGUGAUGAAGACUGAGCAGACCAAUGAGGAAGUCAGUGUCCCUGCCCCCGUCACUGCAGAGGAUCUGCAGCCUCCAGCGGCCAAGGAACACAAGCCAAGCAGAAAGAGUAACUGUAGACCAGGUGAAGAGUCCGACAGCGACUUUGAGUCUGACCCUCCUUCACCAAAAAGCAGUGAGGAUGAAGAGCCAGAGGAGGAUGAGGCACUGAACAGUGAGCACGGAGAAGACACAGAGCCAGAGAACUUAGGACAGAGGCCUCUGCUUAUGGACUCUGAGGAGGAGGGCGAAGAGGAUGAUGACAAGCACAGCUCUGACUCGGACUAUGACCCCAGCAGGGUCAAGAGUCGCUCAAAGAAACCUCCAGCUGGUAAAGCAGCUUCCGCCGCUACCAGGAAAAGUCCUCGAGGAGAUUCUGCCAUGACUCUAAUCACCCCUCCCGAGUCGCCCAGUGGAGCAAGAGCUGUUCCAGCUGUAAACACUGUGGAUGUUUUUGGUGCUGUUCCCUUCCUUGGAGGAGCCUCACCUGUUGGGCCUUCAGAGAGCACGGACAUCUUUGCCAAAGCACCUUUCAGGCAAGUCAGCCACGAGCAGCAAGCUGCGGAUGAGUUCGAUGUUUUUACCAAAGCGCCAUUCAGCCGGAACCUCUCCAAAUCUAGCAAGAGUGGCAGUGAUGUUCACAUGGGCCAGACGCCGCCCAUUUCCCCAGAGGGCAUUGAUGUUUUUGGCUUCUCUCCCUUCCAGCCAGGCCCCACCGCGGCGCCUCCCAUCACUUCUAGGAGCGCAGAUGAUAUUUUUCGGCCGUCUUUUGAGGAGUCGGCGAGUCCUCAGCAACAGAGGCUGAAGCAGCGUAGCCUCCAGAAGUUGUCAUCACGCCAGAGGAAAACCAAGCAAGAGGCUACAGCAGGUGGCAGCAACGGCAAACGGCACCACGGUACGCCUACUGGGGGGCGCAAGACCAACAAGCCAACUUACCGCACACCUGAGCGAGUCCGCAGACACAAGAAGGUCGGCCGGAGAGACUCACAGAGCAGCAACGAGUUCCUCAGCACCUCUGACUCUAAAGAGAACAUCAGUGUUGACAUCACCAUGGCUGAAGGUAAGGACAAAGGAGCUUCUCUGCCGGUAGACGAGGCCCUUUUAGACCCGUUUGGGGCCAAACCUUUCCAUCCUCAGGACGGGUGCCGGCACAGCCAGUAUCAAGGCCUGGGCGACGGUAAAAGUGACAUGGGCACAGCCAAUGGCAAGUCCUGGACUGGUCCUCUUCAUGGCGCUCUUGGAGAAAGCAGAAUCAUGGAUGACUUUGGGGCGGUGCCCUUCACGGAACUGGUCAUCCACAGUGGACCUCAGCAGCAGCAGCAGCAGGCGCCUUCGCAGCUGGUGGAUCUCGACCCGUUCGGAGCUGCACCUUUUCCCUCUAAACAGUGACAUUUCUCCGUCUUCCCUCUCUGCCGUUUGCUGUUAAAUAACCCCUGAGCUUUUUGGGUUUGGGAUAAUUUUCAACCAUUCGUGGAACCACAAGCUAGUAAUGGCAUAACACUUCUUUUUUUUUUUUUUUGAGAACAUUUUAUUACAUUUCUCAGUUUGAAUAACAAAACCCUAAAUCCUGUGGAGUGUGAGUGAUGUACCCACAUAUCUUUCAGCUGUACCUUUUUGCUGAGAGGCCUUUUAUGCUGCAUCUUAACUCUUAUAAAGACGUCUGAACCGGAAGAAACAGAAGACCCACUCGAAAAUCGUACUGUGAUUAUAAGCUUAACGUUUGACCGCUUGACUCGCUGCAAAAAGCUCCUAAUGGCCUGCCUUCUGAUCUACCAAUAUGUUUUUUUUAGCACCACAAAGCCUUACCUGAGCUCGGCUUUGCCUUGCCGCACAGUACCUCGGAAAAUACGACACAGUCGGUCUGCGUUGGCCUUUGUUGUCGGUGGAAUCGUUUGGGAGAUGACCUUAACCACUUUGUUUUACCCUCAUUAGACCUUUCUCUAUGCAUAUGUUCACAGUAGUCUUUACGCAGCCAGAUGUGGCUGUGAUUUGUGUUGCAUUACACAUGGAAUACUAGAAGGGAUCGAAUUUUAUUCUACUUCCUUAAAAACUUUGAUCUGUUAAUUGAGACAAGUUUAAAUUUAGGCUCUUAACUGUUUUGUUUUUUUUUCUUUUUGUUUUUUUAGCAGUAAACCUGUAUGUAAGUACUGUUAAUUUUUUAUUAAGUUACAACUCAGAACAUUCUGUUAGAAAUAAGGAAGAAAUAAAAUACAAAGCCACAUUAGAUCACUAGUCUAGGGUUUGUGUUUUAAAAACUUUGACCCCUGUAGAAACCUGCGAUCUGCUAAAUUUCUCUGCAGUGUAAGUGCUCUCAACAGUAGGUUUUUAACAACUGCAGAAUAAUUUAUGCUUAAGGAUAAAUGUUUAGUGCACCGUCAGCUAAAGGACAAGACAGGUGGCAUUCAACAAAUUCCAUAGAAAGACCAAAACCAAUAAUGGUAUGUUAAUCUGUCAGUUUGUCUUUCAACACUUUCUGAUUUGCCUACCCAGUGUGUGGCUCUCAGCUUGAUUGACAGAUGGAUACCCCUCUCAUAUGUGUCUGUUCAGUAUGAAGCUACACCUAGCAGCCAGUUAGCUUAAGUUAGCAUAAAGACUGGAAACAGAGGAAACAGCUAAUCUGCUUUUUUUUUUACAGGGACAUCUUAUUUAGUGAGCGUUAAAGGUUUUUACCUUCAGAUGGAGCCAUGCUAGCUGUUCCCCACCGUUUUCAGUCUUUAUGCUAUGCUAUGCUAUGCUAAUUGGCUGCUGGCUCUAGCUCAAUAUUGGAAGCACAUGUGUGAAAGUGUUAUCUAUCAGUAUCUAACUCUCAGCAUGAAAGUUUUAUUUUAAAUUUUUUAGCUAACGUGCAUCUGUUAGGGACUGUUUUCAGCGGCGGAUUAAUCCACAGGGUGGUGUGUGUGUGUUUGUGGAGUUCAGUGAUUUUAUCAAGCUUUGGAUACACACCAAAUACUUGUUAGCGAGAUCAAUACAUUAUUGGUUUGGGUCUUUUCAUGGAGAAAAAAAAAGUGGGUGUCUUUUCUGCAGACUGAGGUAAAUUGGCCCAAAAAACUUUAAGACUGACAGAGGAAUCUGUGAUGUAAAAUUCAGGUCAUUUGUCUUCUCAGCGCUGAAUUCUUCCAUGAACUAGUUCUGUGUGCUCUACAUCGACGGCCUUAAGCUCUGCAUUUACCGACACAGCCAGUGGCACAUUGGUUUGAAUUAAACCUGCAGGUUGCUGUGUUUUCACCAGUGGAACCAUUUGAUAAAACUACUUUCCAUCUUUUUUUUUUCCACCAGGGUUAAUCUUAUAUUGUAUUUAUCAUGCUAUACUGCUGUUUGAUGCAAUAAAUAAGAUUCAUCUCA